AACAUCACACACAUGGAGUGUUUUAAUUUUGAAGUACCAGAGCAUAAACAUUCAGAGUAGAGCUGGAUCUGAUACUGCUGGAGUUUGGCUGAUCUUCAUAAGUCACCUAUAGGCUGAGUCUAUCACAGAGAGAUACUUGUGCUGACAGUUUGUGGUUUAGUCUUCUCUUUCACACUGAAGCCUUGAAGCAGGUGACAAGUGAAUAUUCACACCUCACCUAAAGAGGGGAGUGGGCUAUCACACAACAAACAACUGCAAAUGAGAGCCACACCCUCCAGGAAUAUUCAUGUCCCUGGCCUGAAACCUGUCCCUAAACACCUUGCUGUCUCUUUAUUCCCUUCUUCAGCUCUGGGAAAGGUCAGUGCUUCCUAAUUCAGGUCCUCUCAUGUCCUUGACUCUUAACUUCUAAUGCUUGAAAUAAGAAUGAACAAAACAAACAUGAGUUAAGGCAUUAGUUGUUUUAAGAAAUUAGACAGCUUUAUAUUAAUUUAAAUAAAUGAAUAGGAAUUAUAAUAUUGUGAACAGGGAUGCAAGCUUUGGAGCUUUAUAAUAAGAUAACUUCUGACUUGGACUGAAUUAUUGUUUUCUAUAGGAAACCUCACAGAGCAUGGAUGAACGUGAGAUUCUGAAUAGUAGAUAAAUUGACGAAUAGAAGUGCAGUUUGUAUACCAAUAAAUCGAGUGGAGUACAAAUUUUUGCAUUUAACUGUACCUCUUAACUGCUGCACUAAAUUUAAUACACUGUAAUAAAGUAACUCUGUGGGACUGGAGGGGAAAAUGUGGACCAUUUGGUGGUGAUGGCUAUCUGUGGUUUCAGCUUGAAGUUAAUGUAGGAACAGACUAGUUUGUUACACAUAGAGCUCAGCGGAAACUGGAAAUUGAAAGACUUUUGGGUGGGUUUCUUUGAAAGUAUCAUUAUUAUAUAAUUGGUAUAAUUCACACACCAAUUAAACAAACACAGUAUAGCAUGCCCUGGUGUUAUCUGUGCUACACAUCUCAAGACUUUUUCCUGAAGCAUUAUCUGAGAUUCAUUGUUCAUGCUUACAAGGCGUUCAUCAAAAGUUCAUGUCAGUCAGCCACGUUCUUUGACAGGUAGCUGGAAGAUGAUAUUACCUCACGCUACACCAGGGACAGGAGGUAACAUAAACUGCUGCCAUGAAUAGGUUACUGUGUUUUAGAGAUGACUUCGCAGAUUCCACACUGGGGUCAUUCUGGAUGGAUCAUGUAACAUGGCUUGUUGGGUGAUGUUAGCAAACAUUCUACAGCUUCCUCCCUCUCAGGGAAGCACAGACACUCACACAACAGGAUUUUGCUCACUAGUUCUAUAAGGAAGUGAUGUCACCAGUUGAAGCUCCACCCACCCUUCACCUGAACAGAGGGAAGGGCCAGACAGAAGUUGUCUGAACAGAAAGAGAAAAAAAAACAAGGAAGCACUCAGGUGUGUGAGUCAGUUAUAGUCUUUAUGUAAAGAAGAAAGAAAAAGGAACAUUAACAUUUAACAGGUUUUCAAAAUGGAUGUCCAAGAGAACUCCCCAGGAGUUAUGGGGUUGCUGAAAACGUUUGACUCGUCUGAGUUUGGGAGUUGGGAGAAGAUAGGCUCCGGUGGAUUUGGACAAGUGUACAAAGUGCGGCACGUACAGUGGAAAACAUGGCUGGCUAUUAAGUGUCCUCCCAGUCUUCAUGUGGAUGAAAAAGAGCGUGCCGAGCUCCUUGAAGAGGCCAAUAAAAUGGAGGCAGCAAAGUUCCGCUACAUCCUGCCUGUGUAUGGCAUCUGCAGUGACCCGUUGGGCUUGGUGAUGGAGUACAUGGAGACAGGCUCUCUGGAGACACUGUUGGCCGCAGAGCCACUGCCGUGGGUGCUGCGUUUCCGUAUUAUCCAUGAGACAGCAGUGGGCAUGAACUUCCUGCACUGCAUGAACCCACCGCUGCUCCAUCUGGACCUGAAGCCUGCGAACAUACUGCUGGAUGCCCACCACCACGUCAAAAUCUCAGACUUUGGCCUGGCCAGGUGGAAUGGCUUUGCCAGGAACGACGACAUCAGUCGUGAUGGAUUCUGUGGCACUAUUGCCUACCUGCCUCCUGAAAGGAUCAUAGAGAAGGAAAGGGUCUCUGAUACCAAGCACGAUGUGUACAGCUUCUCGAUUGUUAUCUGGGGAAUUCUCACACAGAAAAAGCCAUAUCAUGGGGAGAACAACAUUCUGCAUAUCAUGGUGAAGGUGGUGAAAGGAGUUCGUCCAGACCUGAGCGCUGUGCCCCGCAGUCGACCCCAGGCAUGCUCAGGCUUUAUAGCCCUCAUGCAGAAAUGCUGGAGCGGAUCUCCUGACGCCAGGCCCAGCUUCCAGGAGAUUACAUCUGAGGCAGAGGAGCUGUGUUCCAAACCCCAUGAUGAGUCCAGAGCAUCAGUGUCUGAGCCAGACUCCUCACCCUGUCCAGCUCCAACGAGCUCUGAGCAGAUUAAGGAUCAAAAGCCGGUGAGGCCGAAGUCAGCCAUGUUACCAGAGAAGGACUACAGCCUUUCUGAGCUGCUGAGUCAGAUCGACUCUGGGAUUUCUCGCAGCUUUGACCACGUUAAAGAGGACUGUCUGGAGAACAAGGACAACACUAGCAAGAGACUGUCAGGAAUCUCCUCUGUGGACUCAGCCUUCUCGUCCCAAGGCUCCAUCACACUCUCCUUUGAGAGGGAGAAUUCGGUCAACGAGUCAAGCGAGCUACAGAAGAAGAAGCUGUGUGAAGCCAUUCGCACUGAGGACACAGCAAAACUAAUGAAGCUCCUGCAGCCGCAGGAUGUGGAACUCCGCCUUGAAGGUGGCGGUGGCCUACUUCACUAUGCUGCAACACUGGGCAAUGAGGAGGCUGUGAAAUUCCUGCUUCUCAACAACUGCAGUGCUAACCUGGCUGACUGGCGUGGCGCCACACCUCUGCAUGUGGCUGCGGAAAAGCAUCUCCGAGGUGUCGCUGAGAUUUUGCUAAGCCGCAAAGGAACUGAUGUGAAUGCUAAAGAUGAGGACCAGUACACAGCCCUGCAUUUUGCCGCUCAGAACGGCGACGAGGCUCUGGCACGCCUGCUUCUGGAGCGACGGGCAUCAGCUAGUGAGGCAGACACACAGGGGCGUACAGCAGCCCAUGUGGCAUGUCAGCAUGGGUGUGAGGGCGUUCUGCGUGUGCUCUUGAGUCGAGGCGUUGUCGACGCCCAUGCCACUGCUAAGGACGGGUGGACGCCACUGCAUCUGGCAGCCUGGCGCGGCCACUCCACCAUCUCCAAGCUGUUGGCUAAGCAGGCGGGUGCUGAUGUGGAUGCGGCAACCGCCGAUGGGCGCACACCGCUGCACCUGGCCGCUCAGACAGGCCGAUACAGGGUGGCACGUGUGCUGGUGGAGCUGGGUGCCAACGUGCAACAGACCACCACCCCAGACCUACGCUCGCCGCUGCACGUUGCAGCCGAGACAGGCCACACAAGCACUGCGCGCCUGCUUCUGAAGCAUGGUGCUGAUAUCCAAGGACGCACAGCUCAGGGCUGCACUGCCUUGCACCUAGCAGCUCAACGUGGUCACUUGGCCACAGUAAAAAUGCUCCUGGAGGAGGGUGCUGAUGUUAGGAGCGCCAACCGCGCCCUGCGCAUGGCGUGCCACCUGGCAGCUGAAGGUGGUCAUGUCCAGGUGGUCAGUGAGCUGCUGGAGAGGUGGCCUGAGGUAGUCACAGUGCAGGACGAGGACGGGUUAGCACCAUUGCACCUAGCUUUGCGGAGUGGACACAUGGACAUCACGCGUCUCCUGCUGAGCCACGGAAACUCAGAGGCUGAUAUUUUGCAGCCAGCACCCAAGAAUCCAAACACUAAAACAGUUGAGGGGCUCCACAGGAAAGUCCUAAUCCUGAAACUCACCGAGCCAAAGGGCUACACCUCGACGCAGGACUCAGCAGACACACAGUUGCCCUCUGCACACUAGAAAAACUAGCACAGAGACCUGAUAGAUUUCAUCGUGUCUCUGACUGCCAUGUCGUUUAAAAAAUCUAUGAAUUAUGGACUGUUACACCCUUUUGGUAACGAGACAUUUAACUAUCUAUUUCUGGUUUGUGUAUAUAAUGUAAUUAUUUGGUUGGGGCCCAUUGAAUAUAAUUACCUCUUGGAUAUUUUUAUUUCUAUAGACUUUGUGGUCUCUUGAAAACUUUUUUUAAAAAACAUAUUCCUGAGUAGGAAAAGGAUGAUGUGUAUAUACAAGCACUGUACAUAGAAACUGGACUGAUUAUUGCUGUGCUCUUUCUAGCAUGAACUUAUUGCCUUUUUUUUACAUGUUCAUUAUAUGAGUAUUGUUUUUACCAUGUCAUGUAUUUGUCUUUCAUUCACCGUAGCCCCCAGACAAAUAAAAUGUACACUUCAACGUGAAAAAUCCUUUGUACUAAAAUGGCAGGCCAUUGCUUAUUGCUGAGUUGAGAUUGUGAGCACCUGUACUCUGUUACCCCAGUGCCUACAUCCUGGCAGUGCUUCAAGGCUAUUUCAAAUCCACAAGGCUAAUUAUACCAUUUAAUACCUCUGGUCGUAUGACAGACAGAAGAGUAUUUAGAACCACUUGGCUCCCACCAUGGGAACAGGGCCUGAGGGGGAUCACAGGUGAUACAUGGGUGGGGAGUGGAAAUGGGGGCGGUAACUGUACAUUGUGAAUACCACCAUGUCAAUGCUGUUGGCCAAUUCCUGAGACCACCUUAUCUUUUCAUCACCUUGUAAAGGCAGAGCGCUGUGCAUCACUGACGCUACGUUGAGCACAGCUUUUACAACCCACAAUUUACUCAAAAAGGAACUGCAGCAUGUUACUUUCCUUGGUAUGCAUAUCCUCUUUUUGUGGAAAGCCACUGAAUUUACUUACUGGUGAACUCUGUGUGAUGAGAGGCUUUGUUUGUGUGUGUGUGUGUGUGUGUGUGUGUGUGUGUGUGUGUGUGUGUGUGUAUACAUAUAGUGGUGCAUAUGCUUGCAUGCCCUAUCUCUCUCUCUCUCUCUCUCUCUCUC